CUGGUGGAAAAAUAAACCAUGAUAGACAUGGAGAAACUCUGACUAAAUCAAAAUUGCAAUAGCAGUUCUUAUACCUUGAGUCAAUAGCUCCUCUACUGCUCUUGAUUUAACUCCCAUCCAGAAUAUAAAAUAUAAAAGGGGGGAGGGAGGGAGAGAUAGAGAAUGGCAUUCUUCCUUGGAAAACAUAAGUGCGUAGCCAUGGUGGUUCUGAAUAAUCUUGUGAUGAUACUGCUUACUCUUUUUUCAUUAUUGGUUGCAACAGCAGCCAUGGCGGAUCCUCCAGCAAUUGCCCGGCAGGGUUGCGAGGACCAAUGCGGAGAUGUGCCCAUACCCUACCCAUUUGGCGUCAGAGAAGGAUGCUUCAUGGAUCCUGGUUAUCUUAUUACAUGCAAGCCCCGAAGUAGCAGCACCCACAUCAAAGCCCCGUUUCGAGGAAAUGGUAGUGAUGAGGUUCUUGAGAUAUCAUUAUUGAAAGCCCAAGUCAUAGUGGAUGGUGAAUUUAGCCUUUUAGGAGAGUAUGAUCUGAAACAAACAUCUCCCUUCACAUGGUCAGCCAGCAGCAACAUGUUCACAGCCAUCGGAUGCAACAUCGUAGCCUACAUACGCAACAAAAACUUUACUAGUGCGUGCGUGUCUCUGUGCGAUAUGAUGCCACUUGCAGUGAAAGAUGAGUCUUGUUCUGGAAUUGGUUGUUGCCAAAUUUCAAUCCCUUCCGGCCUCAAAACUCUUAAUAUUAGUCUUUCAAAUUUUGGUAAUUCCUCUGGGACUUGGAAGUUCUCUUAUCUAAACUUUGCUUUCUUGACCAAUCAAAAGCGGUUCACCUAUAAUUUAUCUGAAAGUGAGGCUACAUUAUAUGGAAAAAUUCCUCCUGUGGCGUUAGAGUGGUCAAUUGGGAGUCGGACAUGUGAAGAAGCACUUCUUCAUAAAGAUUCUUAUGCAUGUGGUCUACACAGCACUUGUUUUGAUUCAACUAAUGGCCCCGGCUAUCGAUGUAACUGCAGCGAUGGUUUUGAAGGCAACCCUUAUCUUGGAUGCCAAGACAUAGACGAAUGUGUGACUGGAGAUAAUCUCUGCCAUUAUAGUGGUAAAUGCAACAAUACGAUUGGAAAUUAUGACUGCAGUUGUCCAAAAGGCUACCAUGGCGAUGGUUGGAAAAAUGGGACUGGCUGCACAGAGGGCCCAGAACGCGGUCCGUUGAUAAAAAUUAUUGCAGGUGUUGGUGUAGGUUUUAUGUUUGUAUUUGUCUGUUUUUAUUUUUCAUACUGGGGAAUUCAGCAGAGAAGAAUCAUCAAACAUAGAGAAAAAUUCUUUCAACAAAAUGGAGGCUUGCUAUUGCAGCAACAAAUUGCUUCGCGUAAGGGUGUCACAGAUAUUGCUACAAUUCUUACCAUAGAACAGCUCGAGAAGGCAACCAACAACUUUGAUGAGAGUCGAGUAGUUGGUCAAGGAGGGUAUGGUACGGUUUUUAGGGGAAAUUUAUCAAAUGGAAAAGUAGUGGCAAUUAAGAAAUCCAAAAUAAUGGAUAAAGGCCAAAUAAUACAAUUUAUCAAUGAGGUUGAUAUCCUUUCUCAAAUCAACCAUAGAAAUGUGGUGAAGCUCUUGGGUUGUUGUUUAGAAACAGAGGUUCCAUUGUUGGUUUACGAGUUCAUUUCUAAUGGAACCCUCUUCCAACAUAUCCAUAAUGAGAAUCAAGCAGUGUCUAUUUCAUGGGGAAAUCGUUUAAGAAUUGCUGCUGAAACAGCUGGAGCAUUGGGGUAUUUGCACUCUGCUCAUUCAAUACCCAUCCUCCAUAGGGAUGUCAAGUCUUCCAAUAUCCUUCUAGAUGAUAAUUACGUGGCUAAAGUAUCUGAUUUUGGUGCAUCAAGAUUAGCUCCUUUGGAUGAAGUUCAAGCCACGACAUUACUUCAAGGAACCUUAGGUUACCUGGACCCAGAAUGCUUUGACACAGGUAAACUAAUUGAUAAGAGUGAUGUUUAUAGCUUCGGCGUUGUCCUUGCCGAGCUUUUGACAGGGCAAAAUCCAAUUCUAUCAGGACUUGAGGGACAUAAAAGCCUUGCAAAGCAUUUUGUUUCUUCAAUGAAAGAUAACAAUCUUUUUCAGAUUCUCGACCACCAUGUAGUGAAUGAGGGAGAUAGAGAACAGUUAGUGGUAGUUGCUGAGCUUGCAAGAAGAUGCUUGAAGGUUAAAGGAGAAGAUAGGCCAACAAUGAAAGAAGUUGCAAUGGAGCUUGAUUCACUGAGGAUGUUGUGUGAGUACCCAUGGAUACAACAUAAAUACGAGGAAAGUGAAUGCUUUCUUUGUGGACCAUCAACAAGUUCUACUGCCAAUGUGAAUGGUCAAGAGACUAUCAUGCUAGCAUUAGAAAAUUCUCAUUGAAUAUUCAGCACUAGUAGGUGAUCUUUCAAUUAUGACAAAGUUCUUUUGUAGUGACCAUGGUUUGUAAUAUUGUAGACCUAAGUAGCUUUAAAACAUUAUAUAAAUUUUAUGGAAGAUCUAUUGGCAUUAAAUAUUAUCAGGUAUAUGGCAUGAACAAUUUAGUGGGCAAUUGCCAAACUUGGACUUGUUCUUCACAAAGUCAAACUUGGCAUGGCAUAGUGACCAUAU